AUGGACAACGAACUCGCUCUGCUUGGACUCUACAUUGAGGAGGAAGAGCCUACACCCAUCAGUCUUGAGAACAGCAUGAACCUCUUGUUGGACGGGAUUGACAGGCAACUCGCAACUGCUGCAAGUAUUCGUUCGGACUGGACACGCAUGAAAGGAGAUAUUGUACUCAACUGCGAUCGACCUCAGGAACAAGUAAUUGUACUGAAUAAAAUUCUGAGAGCAGCGGAAAUGUCGAAGGAGAAGAUAGUGCAGCUAUCCUACAAGUAUUUCCUCACGAGAAAAUGGUACGAAAGCCUAUCGGAUCCCAUCCGAUGCAACAGCUGGAUCGAGCUGCAAAGGAGAGUGACGGACAUCUCCGCAAUCCUCUCGACGAACAACGGCGAACUCAAACGCCUCGGCCCUGUGAUAAGAGAAGUGGAGACGGAACUCAUCAAGGCCGAGCAACAGCAACAGAUCCACGAUUCCAAGCUAUACGAUCAAGCUGAAACACACAAGAAAAUGGCGUUUACGCUUCAACGAACCAUUCAACGACAACACGAUGAAAUUGUGGCUUUGAAACAAAAGAUCGACGAACUAGAAGCCAUGAGACUACAGAAGGAAGAGCAACAACGUCAACUUCAACAAGUCCUGGAACAGGCAAAAGGAAGAGAAGUGGAAGAGGAAAUCUCCGACAAGGCCUAUCUCGAAAGGAUGAUUGAAGAAGUUGAGGACGACCGUAUGGAAGACCUUCCCAAUGUGGAAGAUACGUCAAGCGGCGACGAAGACGGUUGCAUGGAAGAGAUUCCCACUUUGGAACAGAUCUCGAGUGACGAAGAAGACAAUCGCGUCGAUGACCACACUAGUCUCAAUCGGCUGCAAGAGGACCUUUGGAAAAUAAAGAAAGUCCUCAAAAAGUUCCCCUACAGGAUGAUAGGCGAUACAAAGGGCGUUGCCAGCGACAAACCAUGCGCCUUCUGUGGGAAAACCAAACGGCACUUUUCGGACUCGUGCCCGAAGGUCACUAAUGGGAACGAGCGAUACCACAUCGUGAGCACGGGAAAGUUGUGCGUCCACUGCUUGGACAACUGCCCAAAACACAAGUGCAAGUUCAAGCCAAGAAGCUGUUGGUACUGCGAUCGCGUCAGAGGAACCAUCGCUGAGGACAUGAUUCCGGAAGAUAAUGGCCACCACAAGGCACUUUGCAGCGUAGCAGAUUCGAGGAGUCUGCUGGUAAACCGGAUCGCAUCGCUCAAAAAAGAGAUCGAAGAAAGGAGAGCCAGAAGCCGCGGCCGGGAGUGUCGAAGAAUCGACCCUUGA